AUGUCGGACUCGACGCGCGUCGCAGUGCUCGUGCCCUUUCGCGACACUCAUCCGACGCAACAGCGACGCACUCACUUGGACGCGUUUGUGCCGUACAUGACGGACUUCUUACGCCGCCACUGUGCUGCAACGAGUGCCUCGUUCCACCUCUUUAUCCUCGAGCAGUCGAUGGACGGCCGCAAGUUCAAUCGGGGCAAGUUGCUCAACGCAGGCUUCGACAUGGCGUGCACUGACUACGACGUGUACAUUUUCCACGACGUCGACUUGCUGCCCGCAGACAGCUUGAACGCGUGGUACACGACUGUGCCGCAUCAUGGCCCCGUGCACAUUGCGCGCGUGUGGGACCGCUAUCGCGGAAGCCCAACUUACUUUGGCGGUAUCGUCGCGUUCACGCGGGAGCAGUUCACGCAAGUGAAUGGGUAUCCCAAUACGUUUUGGGGAUGGGGCGGCGAAGACGACGAGCUCUAUUGUCGCGUCGUGCACAAACACCUCACUGUCCAAGCGCCGACGAGUGGUGCCGUUCGAGAUCUGGAAGAGAUGAACCUCAACGAGAAGCUCGCGGUGCUUCGUGCAAACAAGUGGAAGUGCACAGUAAAGCGCGAGUUGCUCAAGGAGCACCGUCGGACGUGGCAGAAGAACGGACUGAAGGGUCUGCAUUACGAGUACGUCGAUGCGGAAGCUCUGAACGAGCAUUGCACCAAGAUCACCGUCCACCUCGGUCCGAACGGCCAUUGGUCGGACUCGAGGUCGUCAUUGGAGACCUCACCGGCGAUGGCUUCUUGUCCAGCUUCGACUUCAGCUGUGGUUCCACGACGCUCACCUACAGACGUUGGAAACGACGAGACAACCGCUACGGUCGACACGACCGGAACUGCGUCAACGCACGUUCCAUAA